CGGCGGUGCUCCCGCCGAAUGUCCGCUCCCUGAGGCCCGCUUGUCGCAAUCGCGGGAUGCGAAACGAGAGACUGGUCGCGACAUAAUCGACGACAAGGCAGAAAAGCGCAAGGACUCGGCAUGCCCGUUGACGGGAAAAGCGCACGGACGGGAGCUCAAGUGUACGAGGAUGGGGAGGUUACUUCCUCCACUUCGCCCUCCUCAGUCCUCUCGAGGGCGGACGGUACGCUGUUGAAGAUCUUCCUCCUGAUCACCUGCAUCAAGGUUCUCCUGAUUCCUACUUACCGCUCCACCGACUUCGAGGUACAUCGCAACUGGCUGGCCAUCACGCACAGUCUGCCUGUCGCGGAGUGGUAUGUGGACGCCCGAUCCCCCUGGACUCUCGACUAUCCGCCGCUGUUCGCGUGGCUCGAGUACUGCCUCGGCCAAGCGGCCGCGCUUUUUGACCCGGAGAUGCUCAGAGUGGAGAACUUGAAUUAUGCCUCGCCAGCCACGGUCUACUUCCAGAGGGCCACCGUUAUACUCGCCGACCUGGUACUCGCUUAUGGAGUCAGGGAAACGGGUAGGACAUUUUGCGAAACUUUAAACAGCCACGUAGCUUUCAUAUUCUUAUCAUUGUGCAACAUAGGACUGCUGAUAGUUGAUCAUAUACAUUUCCAGUACAAUGGUUUUCUACUUGGCAUUCUGUUGAUCUCGAUGGCGAACGUGUCGAAGACCGGCGAGCAGGUUUCAGUGUUGCAAGGUGCCGCGUGGUUUGCCAUUUUACUCAAUUUAAAACACCUGUAUUUAUACGUGGCGCCGGCGUACGCUGCCUGGCUAUUGAAAUCAUAUUGUCUGGGCAGUGGCAAGUUCUUUAAACGGUUCUUUAGUCUCGGACUCGUCGCCUUGACCGUUCUAGCGGUGUCCUUUGGUCCGUUCAGGACUCAGUUGCCGCAGGUAAUCUCCCGUUUGUUUCCGUUUAAAAGGGGCUUGGUACAUUCGUACUGGGCUGCAAACGGCUGGGCUCUGUACAUCGGUGCAGAAAAAGUGCUGUCUCUGAUGUGGAAGCGCUUAGGUUGGUUGAAGGAUCCUAAGUCCGCGGUGAUGACGGGCGGUCUGGUGCAGGAGCAAAGCUUCCUGAUACUACCCACACCAACCCCUAUCGUUACGUUCCUUCUGACUUUCGUGACGAUGCUCCCUGCGCUAUGGUGUCUGCUGUGUAGAAAGUCCCACACGAGCUCGAGACAUUUUGUCAGGUGUGUCGUACUGUGCGCUUUAAGUUCAUUCAUGUUCGGCUGGCAUGUACACGAGAAGGCCAUACUUACCGCGAUCAUCCCUUUGUGCGUCCUCGCGGCGAUGUAUGCGGAGGACGCGCGCGUGUUCGUUAUUUUAAGCGCCGCCGGACAGACGGCUCUUUUACCACUGCUACAUCCCGACGAUUUGUCUUCGCUGAAAUUGCUGUUGUCGCUGACGUACACGCUCGCGACGGCUUUAAUCCUGACUAAUCGGCACGGCCGGCCUCUGUUACGAGUACACGAAUGGCUGUACGUGAUGCCGCUGCCGUUAGUUACAGUCUACGAGGUGGUGCUGCAUAAAUUGUUGCUCGGCGACAAACUACCAUUCUUACCGCUGGCGUUCACUUCUAUUUACUGCGCCGUCGGUGUAACUUAUUGCUGGAUACUGUACUAUUACAUGUAUCUGCGGGAGGGGACUCGUGCCAAGGACGGGCCAGCGGGUGGCGAGCUGAGUCGCCAAGAACUGAAGGACAAGCGUUCCUAGAGGAUACGAAUUGCUAAGGACCUGUACAUAUCUUCCCGAGCGAAAUAAAGCUUUUGUAAAUUGUAUGAAA